AUGGCUGACUACCUGUACAGACAAAAAGAAAGAGAAAAAGAGAACACAUUGAUAGUAGUAGUUGUAGCAGUAGCAGCAGCAGUAGUGAUACUAGUAGUGUUAGUAGUAAUAGCAAUAGUAGCAACGGUAGUAAUAGUAAUAGUAGUAGUAGCUGCAGUAGUGGUAGUAAUAGUAGUACUAGUAUUAGUAGCAGUAGCAGUAGUGACGGUAAUAGUGAUAGUAGUAGUGAUAGUAAUAGUCAGCAGCAGUAGUAGUAAUAGUGGUAGUAGUAGUAGCGAUAGUAGCAGUAACAGUAGUAGUGAUAGUAGUAGUAGUAAUAGUGUUAGUGAUAGUAGUAGUUGUAGCAGUAGCAGCAGCAGUAGUGAUACUAGUAGUGUUAGUAGUAAUAGCAAUAGUAGCAACGGUAGUAAUAGUAAUAGUAGUAGUAGCUGCAGUAGUGGUAGUAAUAGUAGUACUAGUAUUAGUAGCAGUAGCAGUAGUGACGGUAAUAGUGAUAGUAGUAGUGAUAGUAAUAGUAGUAGUGGUGGUGCUGUGGUGGUAAGUGACUUUUCCUAUUUUUCUGCUUAUGGUGGUGGUGCUGAUGGCGAUGGUGGUAUGGUGGUGGUGGUAAUUGUUGUACAGUAG